GCAUGCCUAAUCAGUUCCGGUGUGGCAACAACCAGUGUAUUCUGAAGAAACAGCAGUGUGACUCCUUCGCAGACUGUGCCGACAAAUCUGACGAGCUUUUCUGUGAUUUCCCUUCGACCCCUAACGACAUUCCGCGUCACACCAGCACCAUCGGCCCCGUCAUCGGCAUCAUCCUCUCGGUCUUUGUGAUGGGAGGCAUGUGUUUUGUGUGUCAGAGAGUUGUGUGUCGCCAUUACAAGGGACCUAAUGGAGGCUUUCCACAUGAAUACAUCAGCGGGACCCCUCACGUGCCCCUCAACUUCAUUGCACCCACAAAUUCACAGCACGGUAAUUUUACAGGUAUUUCCUGUGGGAAGUCCAUGAUAAGCUCAGUGAGUCUCAUGGGCAGCAGUAGCAGUGUAGCAGUGCUCUACGACAGGAACCAUGUGACGGGAGCAUCAUCCAGUAGCUCUUCCAGCACCAAAGGAGCCUUUUACCCUCAGGAAAAAAGGUACAUGUACUGGACCGAAUGGGGAGGUCGACCCAGGAUAGCUCGAGCUCACAUGGACGGCAGUAACAUUGUGACUUUGGUGGACAAAGUGGGCCGAGCCAAUGGACUCACAAUAGACUUCAUUGAUCAGCGGCUCUACUGGACAGACCUGGACACCUGCAUGAUUGAGUCAACAAACAUGCAAGGUUUGCAGAGAGAGAUAGUGGCCGACGAUCUUCCUCAUCCUUUUGGCUUGACCCAGUAUCGCGAUUACAUCUACUGGACUGACUGGAACCUGCGCAGCAUCGAGCGGGCAGACAAACGCAGUGGCUUGAACCGAACGGUGGUACAAGGGCACCUGGAGUAUGUCAUGGACAUCCUGGUUUUCCACUCCUCCAGACAAGAUGGCGCCAACGAGUGUUCGCAGAACAACGGCCACUGCGCCCACCUCUGUCUAGCAUCACCUUCUGGAGCCCAGUGCCGCUGCGCUUCCCACUACACCCUAGAGGCAAACGAACGCAACUGCAGCUCGCCCUCUAGCUUCCUGCUCUUCAGCCAGAAGAGCUCCAUCAGUCGAAUGGUCCUGGGAGAACAGAGUCCAGACAUGAUUCUACCCAUCCACGUUAUGAAGAACUUGCGUGCCAUCAGCUUCGACCCUCUGGAACGCCUGGUCUACUGGGUGGAUGGCCGACAAAACAUCCGCAGUGCCCGAGACGAUGGCAGUCAGGAGUCCACAGUGAUGACCCCAACCAACCUCCACCCAAAGCAGCCUCAUGACUUGAGUCUGGACCCCUACAGUCGCACCGUCUACUGGACCUGCGAGACCACCAACACCAUCAACAUCCAUCGCAUGAACGGCCAUGUGAUCGGGGAGGUCCUGAAGGAUGACGUGGACAAGCCUCGCGCUAUCGUGGUGAAUGCUGAGAAAGGCUACAUGUAUUUCACUACUGUCCAGGAUCGUUCGGCUAAAAUCGAAGGUGCGUCUUUGGAUGGGACGGAGCGUGAAUCCCUUUUCACAACCGGUUUGAUCCGCCCUGUGGCACUGGCUUUGGACAACAAGUUGGGCAAACUGUUCUGGGUGGACGCGGACCUGAAACGGAUUGAGAGCAGUGAUCUGUCUGGGGCCAAUCGUAUCGUUCUCCAGGACUCCAACAUCCUUCAGCCUGUCGGUCUGACUGUGUUGGGCGAUCACCUGUACUGGAUCGAUAAACAGCAGCAGAUGAUCGAAUGCGUGGACAAGCUGACCGGAGAGAAGAGGACCCGCAUUCAGGGGCGACUCCAAUACUUGACCGGCAUCCACGCGGUGGAGUACGUGGAACCAGAGGAGUUUGCAUCCCAUCCUUGUUCCCGUAACAACGGAGAUUGCUCCCACAUCUGCAUCGCUAAGGGCGACGGGACGCCACGCUGCUCGUGUCCCAUGCACCUGGUGCUGCUUCAAAAUCUGCUCAGCUGUGGAGAGCCUCCCACCUGCUCUAGUGAGCAGUUCACCUGCGCUACUGGCGAGAUUGACUGCAUCCCCAUGGCGUGGCGCUGUGAUGGCAUCGCUGAGUGCGCAGACCACAGCGACGAGAUGAACUGCCCCAUCUGCUCCGAACUCCAGUUCCAGUGCGACAAAGGCCAAUGCGUGGACUCCCAGCUGCGCUGCAACGGAGAGCCCGACUGCGCGGACGGCUCUGAUGAACAGGAUUGCGACACUAUUUGCAUGCCUAAUCAGUUCCGGUGUGGCAACAACCAGUGUAUUCUGAAGAAACAGCAGUGUGACUCCUUCGCAGACUGUGCCGACAAAUCUGACGAGCUUUUCUGUGAUUUCCCUUCGACCCCUAACGACAUUCCGCGUCACACCAGCACCAUCGGCCCCGUCAUCGGCAUCAUCCUCUCGGUCUUUGUGAUGGGAGGCAUGUGUUUUGUGUGUCAGAGAGUUGUGUGUCGCCAUUACAAGGGACCUAAUGGAGGCUUUCCACAUGAAUACAUCAGCGGGACCCCUCACGUGCCCCUCAACUUCAUUGCACCCACAAAUUCACAGCACGGUAAUUUUACAGGUAUUUCCUGUGGGAAGUCCAUGAUAAGCUCAGUGAGUCUCAUGGGCAGCAGUAGCAGUGGGGCACCUCUCUACGACAGGAACCAUGUGACGGGAGCAUCAUCCAGUAGCUCUUCCAGCACCAAAGGAGCCUUUUACCCUCAGGGACAAGCGCUCACAAAGAAGACGUGCGACUUUAAAUCCAGCUCAAUUCUAUUGGCCUUCACUGCUGUGGGUGUGUCUUAA